AGUUCAGUCAGAUCAGAAAGGAGAGAGGCCAGCACCAUGGCAGAGGAAUACACCUUCCAUGUUCUGGUGGAGUUGGAAGAAACCAACACACCGAGACUGAAAAAUAAGUUGGUGAAAUAUUUUCAGAGUAAAAAGUCCAACGGAGGAGACUGCGAGGUGGACUAUGAGUCCGGGAGCUCAACUGCGCUGCUGCGCUUCCUCAGAGAGGAGGACCAGAAAAAUGUCCUGGGCAAAGAGUCGCACCAGAUCAGUUUGGAUAAAGGAGUGUUAAAGAUGACAGUCCGCCUUCCUUCAGACGGAAAACAGAAAGAGGGGGAUUCAACUGAUAAAGGCAGCAAAAAGUCGGACCAUGAAGGGACCAACAAACAGUCCAAAGUUCAAGAACCCAAACCUGUGGAUGAAGGUCAGACGGGGGCAAAAGGCAAAGAUGGUGAUUCAGAUGAUGAGGAGCAGUGCUCCAAGUCGGCUGUUUUAGGGAAUAUUCCAGAUUCUUUAACCUCAGAAUUUCUGGAAAUGAUUGUGGAGAACAUUUUGAGAGACCUAAGCUCUCCGACUGCCUCCCAGGACUACAACCUGGAACUGAUCCCUGACAUUUCAUCUGCUGUUGUCACUUUCCAGAGUGGAAAAGACAACACUUACUUCAUAGAAAGAUGUCCUCAAAAUCGGAUGUUUACAAAGAAGGAGUUAUCAGUCCGACCCCUUGAGACCACAAAGAAGGUUAUGGUUGAAGGGGUUUCAGACUGCAGUGAAGACAUGCUGUGUCUCUACUUUGAGAGUAAAGGGGGAGAUGUGGAAGAUGUUCAACUAAAUGAAGCUGAACAGUCUGCUGUCGUCAUAUUUAAGAACCAUCAAGAUGUUAAGAAAGUCUUGGGUAAGAAGCAUGAGAUAAAAAAGGAAGAAGUCAAAGUCUACCCGUUCUACAAAUCGUUGGGAGUAGCACUUUAUGGGAAAGAUAAGCUGUCGCCAAAGCUUCCUGCUGCCAUCUCUGAGCCCAUUGACAACGCUGUCCUCAGAUACCUAGCUAACCACAAAGCGGCUCUGGACACCGUUGGCUGUGACUUGGAAAAACAUUUCUGCAACAUAACCCUGGAGCAGUCUGCCGUCCGCCUCAGUGCCUCGCCCUCAUUAUUGAAGCAAAAAGAUGCCAAAGUCAUCAUCAAAGAGUGGGCAAACACUGUGAAAGCAACCUUUUCUCAGGCUGUGUCAAAAUUCAAAACACUAAAGUUCUCCCUGGAGUCAGAUGUAUGGGAGGAAUCUGAGCAGAAGAUUAAAGAGAAACUGCAGAAGGAAGAUGUUGUUGUAGUUUCUGAUAAAACCAGUGGUGUCCUUUCAGUGGCCGGCCUUGAGAAUUAUGUCAACACACUCAAGAAACCUAUUUCAGACGUUCUUGACAGGAUCGAGAAAAGGGUCCGAAGGGAGAAAUUAAGUAAAACUCAAGAGAUCAAUGUGUCACCAUCAAUGUUCCACAUCCUUUCUCAAGAUGGUCUUCAGGACAAACUCCUGCAAGUGUACCCAGAACUCAAAAUGUCAUACGACCAAAACAAGCAAGCUCUGAAAGUAACUGGCUUUGUGGACGAGAUUAUUAAUGCAACCCAGGUGAUAAGCAACGCAACAUUAGGAUUAAAGCGACAGAAUUUAGAAGUAGAUGAGUUUUUGCUUGACAUGCUGAAGGACGAACAACAAGAGGAGGCCACCGAUAUACUUCUAACAGCCUAUGGCAUAAAAGCAGCCUUGGAGAUCAGUCCACAGAGGGUGCAGCUUGUUGCUGUUUCUGACAAGGACCUAAUGAAUGCUCAAGACCAUCUAAGACAAAUUCUGAAAUCUGAAUACGUCGAAGUUGAAGACCUUGAAGUCCUGAAGAAACCGGAGUGGCAGCAGCUGGUCCAUCAGCAGGAAAAAGCAAACAGUGGGUCAGGAAUGAGAGUUCAGAUCAUAACUCAUCAACAGCAAGUGGUGGUGUCCGGUCACAAGGACAGUGUGGACAAAGUUAGCAGUGAACUAGAAGACUUUAUAACAGAAAAUGCUCAUGUUGAAGAAUUUGUUGCUGUUGAUGCAAAUGUCAUCAUUGAGUACCUGAAAGGUCAGACAACCUUGUUGAAGCAACUAGAAGGGGUGGAAGUGUCCUUUGGAAAUGAGGAAAUCAUCCUAAGUGGCUGUAGAUCUGCUGUGAAAGAUUGCAAGACCAUAGUCAAAGAUUUACUAGCUUCUGUGUGCUUUGAUAGUUUUAAAGUCACAAAACCUGGAGUCAAGAAAUGUUUUCAGGAAAAAGAAUUGUUUUUUGCUUCUUCUAUUAAGAGUGACACUGACUGCCUGGUUCAGCUGGCUGAUAAAUCGAAUGAAGAAGACGACUUUGCCUUAGUACAGGUACAACAACCCAUUUACAAAGUCCAGACAAGUGAUGGAGUGGAAAUAGUGGUCUCCAAGGCAGACAUGUGCAGUUACUCUGUGGAUGCUGUCGUCAAUCCUUCUACUGAGGACUUGAAACAUACCUCUGGUCUUGCUUUGGCACUUUCUAAAGCUGCAGGUCCUCAGUUGCAGACUGAAUGUGACCAAAUAAUUUCUGUAAAAGGAAAACUCCGACCUGGAGAUUGUGUCGUAACAGAUGCUGGAGGAAUGCUUCGUUGCAAAAAGGUGAUCCAUGCCGUAGGACCCUAUUUUGAUCAAGCAAAGCCAAAGAAGGCUGAGGCCCAGUUGAAAAGAACUGUUAAAGAAAGCUUAGAACUUGCUGAAAAGUGUGGCUGUGUGUCUGUGGCCCUUCCUGCCAUCAGCAGAAGUCUUGGCUUCCCACUCAAUCUGUGCCUAGCUACCAUUGCUAGAGCAGUGAAGGAAUACUGUGAUGAGAAGUAUGAUGACAACACCUUGAAGAAGAUUCAUCUGGUGGACAAAGAGGACAGUGUUGCUCUUGGUAUGGAAAAUGCUGUGAAGCAGGAGUUUGGAAAUCAUGGAGUUAGUGUUUCGUCUCAAAAUGCUAUCCCUAAAGUUAGUCAGAAAUCUCCAUUGCUCAAGCUAGUUCCACCUGACCCAAGCUUGUGCCGAGGGCAGACCAAAGAGGGCUUGAACAUUGUUCUUAAAAAGGGAAACAUUGAGGCUGCCAAGACAGAGGUAAUUGUAAACACAGUGACAGAAGAUCUUGUAUUGGACAGAGGGGCAAUUUCUAAAGCUAUCUUCAGUGCAGCUGGACCCAAACUUCAACAGCUGGUACACAGCCAGAAAACGAAAGGAUCACCAGGCGAGAUUGUUGUUACAGAUAACUGCAAGCUGAAGAGCAAACAGGUUUUCCAUGCAAUUGCUCCACACUGGAACAAUGGCCAAGGCGCAGCUGAAAAGACUCUGGCUGGGAUCUUUAAAGAUUGCUUGGAUUUGGCAGAGAAAACUCGUUUGUCGUCUAUAACUUUCCCAGCUGUUGGUACCGGAAACCUGGGUUUUCCAAAAAAUCUUGUUGCCACUUUGAUGCUGGAUAAAUUCUUGGAGUUCAGCAGCCAGAGACAAUCCAAGAACCUUAAGAAGAUUGCAGUUGUUCUUUAUCCUGGAGAUGCACAGACUAUUAAGGUAUUCACUGAUGAAUUUCAGAAUAAGUUUCCAAGUGCCACUGGUUCUUCAGCAGCUGCAGGUCCAGCUUCUGCAGAUUCUUCAAAAGGUACUGGCAAAUUCUCUAAGGUUGUCUCCAGUUCAGAAACUCAUGAGACUAAACUGGGAAACGUGACGAUUCAGGUAGUAACUGGAGAUAUAACUAAGGAAACUACUGAUGUCAUCGUUAACUCUUCAAAUGAUAACUUCACUCUCAAGUCUGGAGUAUCCAAAGCUAUUCUGGAUGCAGCUGGUGUAGUUGUUUUUGAAGAAUGCCAACAUCUUGGUUCCCAGCCCAAUCCAGGCAUUAUAAUGACGGUACCAGGAAACCUAAAGUGCAAAAAGAUUCUUCACCUUGUCGGACAGACGGACCCAGUGAAAAUCCACAGCACUGUGAAGGAAGCACUCCAAAUGUGUGUGAAGAACUCCUACACUUCUGUUUCAUUUCCUGCCAUUGGUACAGGUCAAGGCAACGUGCAGGCUAAACAGGUGGCAGACUCCAUGUUGGAUGCUGUGAUUGAUGUUUUCAGCCAAAACACCUCCAGCUCCCUGACUUUGAUCAGGAUAGUCAUCUUCCAGCAACCGAUGCUGAAAGAUUUCUACAGCAGCAUGCAAGAAAGAGAAGCCACUGAUCCAAAGGAGAAAGGAGGAUUCUGGUCCAAUGUUACCCACAGGUUAAAAUCUUUAUUUGGAUCUGAAAGUUUUGAUUACAAAGAGGAGGAUGAGGUGUUUGAUAUUGAGACCAAGGAAGUGGAGCCUGCUGUCUUCCAUAUCUGUGGUUCCUCACAGGCCAAAGUAGAUGCAGCCAAGAAGAAGAUAAAUGACCUGAUGUCUAAUGAACAAUGCCGUGAAGAGAUUAUAGACAACGACAUCUUGAACUUAUCUUCUGCAGACUGUCAGCGCAUUGUUGACAUCCAGAUGAAGAUGAGUGUGAGCAUCAAAAAACAAAGCACUAAUGGCCAAACCUCUUUCAUCAUUGAGGGUCUCAGUAAAGACGUGCUCCGAGCCAGUCGGGAGAUAGAUAAUAUGCUGAAGAAGGUGAGACGAGAGCAGGAGCUGAAAAAGAAAUUGGAGCUGGUAGCCACUGUGGCAGAGUGGCAGUAUCAGCAACAUGGGCUUUCAUAUCAGAGUUUUGAUCAGAUGACCAACUAUGAGCUUGAACAUGCGUUGGAGAGAGCAACACCCACUCUAAAAGUUACCAUCCAUGGCUCAGACUAUACAGUCCAGAUGCCUAAAGGACCAGCCACUGACAGCAAGGGAACCAAGCUGCAGAUAAGACGAAUUGACAAACUAAAAGAUGAAGAUGUUCCUGAGUUUUGGGAUGCUAUGCCAGCUGGUAAAACGUGUCAUUCUGUCACCCUCCAAACUGCGUCAUCAGAGUACGCAGAAGUCCUCAAUCUCUUCAAAGCCACAUGCAAUCGAGCCGUCAUCAAGAUCGAAAGGAUCCAGAACCCUACACUGUGGAAAAGUCUUCAGAUCAAAAAACAUGAAAUGGAGGUGAGAAAUAAUCAUCAGAACAAUGAGAAACGUCUCUUCCACGGCACCAGUGAAAACACUGUCCCCAUCAUCAAUGAACGUGGCUUCAACAGAAGCUAUGCAGGAAAAAAUGCUGCCUGUUAUGGAAACGGUUCCUACUUUGCCGUUAAUUCCAAUUACUCUGCACAAGACACCUACUCCAGGCCCAAUGCGAAGGGAGAGAAGUUCAUGUACCUGUGCAAAGUGCUGACAGGAGACUACACCCUGGGACAGCAAACCAUGAUCGCUCCACCAACCAAAGGGACUCUGGGCAUAUAUGACAGUGUGGUGGACAACACGGCCACCCCCAGCAUGUUUGUAGUGUUUCAUGACACCCAGGCCUAUCCUGAGUAUCUGAUCACCUUCAAGUAGCAACACCCAGAAAACAUUAAAUACAAAUAGAAGAUAUGAUAAUCAUACUAAUAAUUUUUUUAUUUGUUUCACCUUAAGCUCACUUAGUAGUUUUAUUCAGGCCCAUUUAGUGCCUUAAAUUGUUGCCUUAACUUCUCAAUGAAGUUAAGUUAAUGAAGUUCUCAAUGAAUGUUUACUGAUCUUUCAUCACUUUUUGUAAGUGAUGAAAGAUCAUUACAGAUGAUCUUUCACUUAUAAAGUGAAAGUGAUCUUUCACUUUAUAAGUGAAAGAU